AUGAAGAAUAUCUAUCUAUCUAAACCAAUUCAUUAUCUAUCUAUCUAUCUAUCUAUCUAUCUAUCUAUCUCAACUUGUUCAUUAUCUAACGAUCUAUCUAUCUAUCUAUCUAUCUAUCUCGAACUUUUCACUAUCCUUGAAAAUGAAUAUAAAUUCCCCCCCCUCUCUCUCUAUCUAUCUAUCUAUCUAUCUAUGUAUCUAUCUAUACAAAGACAAAAGUGUUUACCGGACACUACCGCGAUUUCGACCAGCGGACUAUCUUUCUUCGGCCGCGGACUAUCUUUCUGCGGUUCGCGGACUAUCUUUCUGCAGCCAGCCGACUAUCUUUUAGCGGCCAGCAGACCAUAUUUCAGUGGCCAGCGAACUAUCUUUCUGUGGCCAGGAAACUAUCUUUCUGUGGCCAGCAGACUAUCUUUCUGUGGCCAGCGGACUACCUUUCUGCGGCCAGCAGACUAUAUUUCUGUGGCUCACGGACUAUCUUUCUGUGACCAACGGACUAUCUUUCUGCGUCUCGCGGACUAUCCUUCUGCAGCCAGUGGACUAUCUUUCUUUUUCUCGUGGACUAUCUCUCUGCAGCCAGCGGACUAUCUAUCUGCGGCCAGUAGACUAUCCUUCUGCAACAUGCGUACUAUCUUUCUGCGUCUCGUGGACUAUCUCUCUGCAGCUAGCAGACUAUCUUUCUGCGGCCAGCAGACUAUCUUUCUGCGUCUCACGGAUUAUCUCUCUCCAGCCAGCGGACUAUCUUUCUGCGUCUAG